AUGUUAAAUGAAUGUAUUUUUUCUGAUCUAACUUCCCCAAAUCCACAUUUAAUAGCAGACCAUGAGCAAGCUUAUGCUCUUCCUCAUGGAUUAAGAGAUCCUUCAGUUCGGCCAAAAUCUAAAGCACCAGCUCAUGCUGUUGGUCCAUUAACUCCUCCCGAUGAUAACGAAGGAAAUGUGAAUCGACCUCAAGGAAAUAUACCUUCUACAGUACUUGAGAGUGUACUAAGUCAACAGAAUAAAAUUAUCAAGGAUAAUCUUGUUCUCUCAUCUAAACUAGAUAAGAUUGAAAGCAUGUAUGCAACACUUAGUAGCCAACUAGUGGUUUUGUUACAAGGUAUGAAUAUUCAAACCUCUAGUAAUGAACAAUUGUCCGUGCCAGUUUCUUGCAAUGAUAGUGCAGCACGUGCAAAUGCUAAGGUCUAUGACGAUAGACCUAUACUUACACCAUUAUCUAAACCAGUCUUCGAACCAGAAACCCCAGUUAACCAUAAACCUAUACCAACACCUUGUACCCAGUUUCCUCAAUCCUCGUGUCCUAAUCCUUCCUCUGUGAAACCGACCCCUCUUGCAGCACCAAGGUCUAGUGUAACUUCCGGUAUUAAUGCGUAUAAUAAUGGUAGUAACGUGAUGCCGGUAAGUUUUAAAAUUGCCAAGCAACAAAUACCAAUAUUUGAAGCAAAAUGUUCACUCAAUGAUCCCAUGAAACGACAGGAUGACUUUGAACAAUGGAUUCGUAAGAUUGAAAUUGUCAUUCCAGAGGGACAUGAUGAAACCAGGAUUAAAGUUGCAAAAAUACAUUGUCAAGGUCAUGCUGAAACUAUUGUUAAUAGUGGUCAGUUUGCACAAUUUACUACUUGGAAUGAACUUAGACUGGCUUUAAGGGACAAAUUUGGUAGUUCAGAGGAUUUCUUUAGAAGGAUAGAAUCCAUUAGACUUAAGCAAGGACAGUCGCCUAAAGAUUUCCAUAUUGAACUUGCAGCAGCAGUUCUUUCGGGUGAAGAUGGUCCUUUGACACAACUCGUCACGAAUACAGAACGUAUCUGGCACUACCAGAAUAAUGCAUUUUAUUUGAGGGAAAGAAGACUAUUCUCGGGUGUGUCGUCUGUCAGUUCGAGUCUAGCAACUGCUAAUAGUGAGCCGUACUGCGCUUUCCACCGCUCCAAAGGACACCUCACAAAAGAUUGCAGAGGUGUACAGCCUGACCCUGGUAAGGCCAUAUGUGACCUUCCUACACCCACCAACUCACAGCAGGUUGAAGACUCUCUUUACAAAGAAAUUAUAGAUUUUCUUGAAGGUCGAUCAUUCCCUAAGCGGAAAUUACCUGCAAGAUUGGACGAGUUUGACUUGAUAGAUGGAGUUCUAUAUCACGUCAAAGAAAAGGCUUCUGGUUUGGUAAGUCAGUUAUGUAUUCCUUUGAAAUGCAGAUUACAUGCCCUGGACAUUGCUCAUAAUAGUAAGAUUGCUGGUCAUCCUGGGACCUAUCGUACAUAUAGAAAACUCCAGGAGUUGUAUUAUUUUCCUUGUGCACUUAGUCAUACUAGAAAUUAUGUAAGUAAGUGUCUGACCUGUAAAAAGCGUAAAGCUCAACAAAGGCAUAGAGCGACAUUAGCAGAUGCUCCACUCGCAUUAAGCAUCCUCGAGCGAGUCAGCAUGGAUCUCGUUGAAUUGCCUAAGUCGGACAAUGAUUUCAAGUAUGUCUUAGUCAUUGUAGAUCAGUUAUCACGUUUUACUCAGCUUGUACCUCUUAAAGAUAAACAAGCCGUAACUUUUACAAAUACUUUGAUUAAUGAUUUCAUUACAAUCUUUGGUCCACCACAAGCUUUCAUUUGUGAUAAUGGCACUGAAUUUUCUAAUUCUCUUCUCAGAGCUGUUUGUAAGCUGCUGGAAACUAAGAUAAACUUUACAACCCCUUAUCAUCCAGAAAGUAAUGGGUUAUGUGAAAGGACUAACAGAAUAGUUAAAGAUACUUUAUAUGCACUAACUGAGAAGAAUCUUCGUCUAUGGGACACGAUGAUACCUCAUGUUAGGUUUGCUAUCAACUCUUCAGUUAACAGGUCGGUAAAUAACCAACCCUUAUAUUUGAUGCUUGAACAAUCUAUACAUUAUCCAGUUGGAUUAACAAACAAAUUAACUGUAAAUAAACCUGCUAAUGAAAGAUUUGCAAAGUCAAUUCAUGCACGUGAUGCAGCUGUACUUGCAAGUAAACAAUGUAGAAAAUAUAACAAAGAUUACGUUGCAAGGAAGUCUAUACCUGCUACUGAUUUGGAUGUUGGUAGUCUAAUCUUAAGAAAAAGUCCUUCUCAGAAAGCCACUGGUCUGACGGCACGCUGGACAGGUCCCUUAAGGAUCACAAAGCGCACUGGACCUGUGACUUAUCUGGUGAAAGACUUGGUAAAGAACAGUGUUUAUCGACUUCAUCGUAAUGAUAUGCUGUCCUACGAGGCACAAGACGAACUGGAGAUAGUGAGUCCAGAUGGUGUUCUUGCAGAACACUUUCCUGAUGAUCCGUUAAGUGUUAUGAUGUUAUCUCUUGUGAGAAGAUUUACUGGGUAAUUUGUCCUUAAGUUUAAUGUAUUACAUUGUAAUGUUAAAUAUUCUUUAGGUGAUUGGGUAUAUUGUUUGUAUAAUGUUAGAGAAUCUUUAUUAAAUAAAUCAACAUUCCAGUGCUUGCAUAGAACAGGUCUCUUAUUUUUGUCCACAUGAAAGCUCAUGCCAACUCCCCAACAGAUAUCUGCAUGGUCUGUUCCUGCCGCUGUCCUGAUGAAUUGUUCUGAUCAAUGAAACCAAGUGGAUCUGAUGCUGUUUGCUGCUGUCAUCCCAGUGGAUUGAAUGUCAUGACUUCUUGCAGCCCUGUUCCAGCCUUCGACCACCUUGUGGAGUCCCACGGCUUAGAAUCCUGCCUUAUCUCUGCCCUGAUCUGUUCCUGCUUUCUCUCGUACACUGCCAAGAUGCAAGCUCGCACGCUGAUAAUGGACCUCGGAACCUGAGUACCUGCAACCCUAUGACCCACUGAAUGUGACGCCCAAAGGAUUUCGCACCAGAU